CCCCGAGCGCCCCGAGCGCCCCCGCCGCCGCCGCCGCCGCCGCUGCUGCUGCUGCUGCUGCUGCUGCUGCCGCCGCUCCGCCGAUUCGCGGCGCGCCCGCCCGCCCGCCGCUGCCCGCGGCGCUACCCGCCGCCCGCCGCGCCGGAGCCCCCGGCGCGCCGCCCAUGCGAGACCCCCGUGGCCCGGGCAGCGCGCAGCGACCCCCGGCCGGGCCAGGCAUGUGAAGAUGUCAGUGGGCUGUGCAUGCCCUGGCUGUUCCUCUAAGUCGUUCAAGCUGUACUCGCCAAAGGAGCCCCCGAACGGCAACGCCUUCCCUCCCUUCCACCCAGGCACCAUGCUGGAUCGAGAUGUGGGACCUACUCCUAUGUACCCACCGACGUACCUGGAGCCUGGAAUCGGGAGGCACACGCCGUACGGGAACCAGACCGACUACAGGAUAUUUGAACUCAACAAGCGGCUGCAGAACUGGACAGAGGAAUGUGACAAUCUGUGGUGGGAUGCCUUCACCACAGAGUUCUUUGAGGAUGAUGCCAUGUUAACAAUCACUUUCUGCUUGGAGGAUGGACCAAAGAGAUACACGAUUGGCCGGACUCUGAUUCCCCGUUACUUCCGCAGCAUCUUUGAAGGGGGAGCCACAGAGCUGUACUACGUGCUCAAGCACCCCAAGGAAUCCUUCCACAACAACUUUGUCUCGCUGGACUGUGACCAGUGCACCAUGGUCACCCAGCACGGCAAGCCCAUGUUCACCCAGGUGUGUGUGGAGGGGCGGCUCUACCUGGAGUUCAUGUUUGAUGACAUGAUGAGGAUAAAAACGUGGCAUUUCAGCAUCCGCCAGCAUCGAGAACUUAUUCCCCGCAGCAUCCUUGCCAUGCAUGCACAGGAUCCCCAGAUGCUGGACCAGUUAUCCAAGAACAUCACGCGCUGUGGGCUCUCAAACUCCACACUCAACUACCUCCGACUCUGUGUAAUCCUAGAACCAAUGCAGGAGCUCAUGUCACGGCACAAGACCUACAGCCUCAGUCCCCGAGACUGCCUCAAGACUUGCCUCUUCCAGAAGUGGCAGCGGAUGGUCGCUCCACCCGCCGAGCCAGCACGGCAGCAGCCCAGCAAGCGCCGGAAAAGGAAGAUGUCCGGGGGCAGCACCAUGAGCUCUGGUGGGGGAAACACCAACAACAGCAACAGCAAGAAGAAGAGCCCAGCCAGCACCUUUGCCCUGUCCAGUCAGGUACCUGAUGUGAUGGUGGUAGGCGAGCCCACGCUGAUGGGGGGGGAGUUUGGGGACGAGGACGAGCGCCUCAUCACCCGGCUGGAGAACACGCAGUUUGACGCCGCCAACGGCAUCGACGAUGAGGACAGCUUCAACAACUCGCCGGCGCUGGGGGCCAACAGCCCCUGGAACAGCAAACCGCCCUCCAGCCAGGAGAGCAAGUCAGAGAACCCCACGUCGCAGGCGUCGCAGUAACGGCCCCCUGCCGCCCCGUGGACUCAGUC